UUUUCUAUAAGUCCGCGGUCACACUGCUCAGAGGGGGAAUCGCAAAAUUAAUGCCAAAAAUGUCGUAGUUAAAGGCAACAAAAGUGAAUAAGUAAUUAAUAAUCAUAUCAAUUAGGCUGUUUUGAGACGCACCAUGUCUGGGCACGGCAGCAGCAGGAGUAACAGGCACAGAAACACUUGCAACACCGCCAACAUGGCGCACCUGCUGCAAUGCUCUUGAUGUUGACGUCAACAAAGUGAAAUUCGAGUGCGCGGAAAAGAGAAACACAACACACACAAAACCAAGAACAGCUACGACAAAAGAAAAUCGCUAAUUGGAGCUUCAAAAUAACUCCACUGGGGCAUACACUGAAGGGAAAUGUACUCUGAAUGGGCCUCACUGUCGGCCCAGAUUACGGCCAACAGCUGCGGGGCGCAAUGCUUCAGUGUGCUGAACAAGUUUCCAGCUUCGGCUGGACGGGAAGUGGUCGUGUCGGUGGUCAGGCAGCUGGGCACCAAUCUGGGCAUCACACAGAAUGCCGAGCCAAGCCAUUUGGUCAAGGAUGAGGAGGUAAAGUGGUGCAUGGACGUAAUCUGCUUUGGGCUGUCGCUGCCCCUGCAGGAGCACGAGACCAUCAAGGACUGCGUGAAUGUCUACUGCGAGUGGCUGACUGCCUUGCAUCCACAGCCGCGCAUCAGUGUGCCGAAGCCCAUAUGCGAGGAUGCCAAUCUGUAUGCGCGCCAGAUAAUCAAUCACUUUCACAAUCUCUUUGUGCCGCGCCAGGGCGAAAGUGCAGACACCAUCAAGCGGCAGGCGGUGCUCUGUCAUCGGGUACUGCGCACCCUGCAACAGACAGCGCAGAUUUCGCAGCUAAUGGAUCGCCAGACUUGGGAUACGCUGCUGCUCUUCCUUCUGGCCAUUAACGAGAUACUACUGGCGCCGCCCACCGUCAAGGAUGAUGUGGGUGAUCAGCUGUGCGAGCGUGUGCUCUCCGUGCUCUUCGAAGUGUGGCUGCUGGCCUGCGUUCGCAGUUUCCCAUCGCCUUCGAUGUGGAAGACGCUGCAGGAGUCGUGCUCCAUGUGGCGUCAUCGCGUGGCCCUUGUCGAUCAGUGGAAUCGUGUCAACUUGGCCCUGACGUCCCGACUACUCGAGUUCAGCUAUGGACCAGCGUUUCCCCAGCUCAAAAAUGCCGACGAGGAUGGCCAGCUAAUACCCGUUGGCAUGUCGAACGAUUGUGUGGCCCAGACAUGGUAUCGCUUCUUGCGUAUGAUCGGCAAUCCCACGGCAUUCUGCUCACCGCACAUCAUCAGCAAAUCGUCGCACUUCGUGCAGUGGGCACUUACCCACGAGAAGGGGGCCGAGACGCACCAGCAUCCGUGUCUGCAGUUGCUGCCGCAGAUCUUUCUCAACGCAAUGAAGGGCAUCUCCAGCCAGGUGGAUGCGUUUCUGGGCGUUUAUCAGCCACCGCCACACCAGACGGAUAAUGUCGUGACGAAUCUACUGGAAAUACGGCACUCGCUCAACGAGGCCACCUCCUCCACGCUGCAGCAGUUCAUCCACUCGAGCAGCGCAUCGAAUAUAUCGGCGAAUAGCCAACAGCAGCUGCAGGGCUCCGCCUCGCAACAACUGCAGCUCCAGCUGCAGCAUCAGCAUCUGCAUCACCAUCAUCUUCACUAUCCGCACUUGCAUUUACAUGGCGCUGGCAGCUUUCUGCGCGACAAUUUCAUGAGCAACUCGGCCAGCUCGGCCCUGAACGCCAUCAUGGGUCAUCACGGUCACCAUCAGCAUCAGAAUCAGCAGCAACAGCUAUCACUCUCCCAGAGUGGAGGCUCGCCCACGUCAAGCGCCAUAGCUGCCAGUAAUUUGGGACACUCGACGGGGGCCUCUGCCGUUGGAAGCACCAGCGCUGGUGGCAGCCAUUCGGCCGGAGUCGUCGGUAGCAUCUCCUUUAGCACGGCUGAGGCCAGCCUGGCAACGACAGCUGCCUCGAGCACGCCCACACCGCCUCUACAGCGACGAUUGGCCAAGAGUUUUAGCGUGGCGCCCACCAUAACGCAGCAGAAGGGCUUGAGCAAAACCUCGCUUAUCGGCCUCACGGGGGGCGGUGCACGCAGUGCGAUCGGCAGCAGCACCAGCAGCAGCUAUAUCCACAGCAGCGGCUCGACGAGCGCUGGCCCCGUCCAAGGCUCUGGUGGUGGUGGUGGUGGUGGUGGUGCCAGUUCUGCCCCUGGCAGUGGCAGUGGCAGCACUGGCAUUGGCCCUGGCUCCGGUUCUGGUUCUGGUUCUGGCUCUGGUGGCCAGGCACCGGCUCCGGCCUCGGCUGCGGCACCCACAACGCCAACAUCGACAUCGGGUCCGCCCUCGGCGAGCAGCAGCAUCAACUCUCUGCCACUGACAUCGAUGGGAGCUGGCGCUGAGCUGGCGGUGGCGCGGCCAAAGUGUAACAGCAUUCUCCACGUAUUCCACGAGUGGCUGUUCGAGGCGGCGCACAUAGGUGGCGAUACCUGGCGCCAAAAUCGCAAGAAGCAGGCAUGCGAGGCUAGUAAGCGGCCAUCGUCGAUGAUAAUGGAGCACCGCAAGGGAUCCAUUUCGCUAUCGCAGCCCAACUCGCUGAACGAUCCCGCCUCGCUGCCGCCCACGCUGACCAUCGACAAGUACGAGUCGGGCCGGGCGGAGGCCAUUGGCACACUGUGCAAGAUAUUCUGUGCGAAGAAAACUGGCGAGGAGAUCCUGCCGGUGUAUUUGGCCCGCUUCUAUAUGGCCCUGCAGCAGUGCCUAAAGAUCACCGAGUCGAAGGAGUGCGAUGAGACGCUGGCCAGCAUUCUGCUGCAUUCGGGUGAUCUCUUUCGCCUGGAUCUGGAUGGGAUCAAUGUUCUGCUGCCCGGUUUCAUCGCUGCCCUGGAGAUUGUGCUGCCCGACAAGGAUCUGAAGCUGAAGACGCAGUCAAUGGUAUUCAAUCGAACGGAGCUGCGGCGCUCGGCCAUCAACAUACUGCUGUCGAUAAUGGUGCUGCCGCUGCACUAUCAGGCACUGCCCAUUCGAGAUCUGUCCAGCGAGACGAGCGAAAAGAUGUUCACGUUCAUCCAGCUCAAGUCGCGUCUCAUGAACAUUCUGAUGAACGCUCUGCAGGUGGAGACAGAUGCCCAAAACACACACAUGCUGCUGGGCGGCCUGCUGUUGUGCGUCCAGGAUGCCGUCACCUUCGAGGAGACGGAUAUGGGCGGAGGCUCGGGCGCCACUCAUAUGCACAACUCUGGCGGUGCCCAGCACCAUGAGGCCAAUCUCCUCAGCUCGGCUUGCUCGGAGCGUUCCGCUUCGCUGGUCAGCACCGGCACGGCCAGCUUGGGGGCCCAAACGACGGCCACCAUGGGAGCUGGUUCGGGCUCCAUACGCGACACGGCCUCAGCCCACGAUUAUCCAAGUUUGACCAUCUCCGAUGACAUGUCAUUUGAGUUUGGCCAAGAGCUGGAGGGCGUGACCACAUAUGAUAAUGCCCAUGCUUUGUUUGUGCGGGCCACGUAUUUGGUCUGCCAUCGGCUCAUCUCGUCGUGGAAAACGGACUUGAAUGUCUCGCUGGCCGCCCUGGAGCUGUUGUCCGGCUUGGCCAGGCUCCAUAUACGGGAAACAGCCAGGAAGUUUACAAAUGACGCUCUAGAGUGCAAGCGGGCCGUGAAGUGGAUAUGCGACUACAUAUGCUAUCAGUGCUCGCGGCCGCCGCCGGCACACAGCAAGGAUCUGCAUAGCACAAUAGUGGCUGCCUUUCAGUGCACCGCCGCAUGGCUGAUGCAGCAUCCGUAUCUGCUGCAGGAUAAGGACUGCCUGCAGACAGUUUUGGAGGUGGUCGAACUGGGCAUAUCGGGCACCAAGAGCCAGAGCAAAAGCGGCGAUAUACCCAAAUUUAAGGAUGAGAAGGAGCUGAAACCCGCCUCCAUGAGGGUGCGAGAUGCUGCCGAGAAUCUGCUCACAAUCAUACUCGAACAGGUUGGCUAUUUUCCCAGCGAGUGUGGCCCUGAGUCCAUUUCGUCACUGCUCGAUGAGCUGGCACUGAUGAAGCACUGCAACUCGAUGGUGCCGGCGGCGGCGGCAAGCACCGAGCAGGCCAUUGCCAAGUUCAAGUAUUUUGUGACGGAGAACUCGACGAUAUUGGCCCUGCUCGAGGAGCCCUUGGGCAAUGAUCAGGAUCCGCAGCCAACAGUGACACUGCUGAUACGUGGACCAUUUGGACGACAUGCCUGGACGAUGCAGCUGCGACAUCUUCCACGCAGCAAGUCGGGCAUCAAGUACCACGCCAUCAAUCCCGGCCGGCCCAUUCCCAUGAACGAUAUUAGCCAGAGGCCCGAAUGCGAGCAGAAGAACUUCCCCGAUGGCGUUGACAAGGUGCAGCCCUGCGUGGCCGACUAUUCCAUACCCACCAUCGAUCAGAUCCGCGAGCAGUAUGGAUCCGCUAGCAUACGGGAGCUGGAAGCGAUACUCGAGAACCAGAGCAUCCACGAGAAGCUGGCCUGGGCCGAGGCGGACAACAGUGUGGACAGUCUGUCGCAUUCGCAGGAGUGCGUGCCGCCGCUGGUGUGCCAAGAGUUCCAUGCCGCACGGCUAUUCCUUUCGCACUUUGGCUUCCUCACGUUCGAGACACGCAAUCCGCACAAUCCAGCGGAGUCGCUUGGGACGCCGCCGCAGCGACCCCUCAUUGUGCUGGACACCAAGUCGACGGCAUUUGCCGCCGAUCUGGACAGGCUGGAUAAGCUCAGUGCCCGCACCCAUGAUACCGUCUAUGUGUUCUAUGUAAAGACGGGUCAGACAAGUGCCCAGCAAAUAAUUGGCAAUAUGGUCGAGGAGACUUCCCUCAGCUAUGAUCCGCACUUUGCCGGUAUGCUGCAGACGCUUGGCUGGCCGGUACUGGUGGCCGAUCACUCUGGCUGGACGGGCUUUGCCCACAACUCCUGGUCGCUGAAGGGAACGCCAGAGGAGCAGCAGAUGCAGCAGAUGCAGCAACUGCAGCAGCUUAAAUCCAAUGUACCCAGCGAACUCAAUUACAAUGGGUCACAGCGUGUGCUCUACUGGGCAGAUGUCUCGUCGGAGAUUGCUUUCGUGGUGCCGACCACGUGGAAUCUGCGCUACAACAGCGACACAAGCGAUGGCGGCAGCCUCUCCAACAGCGAUCAGAUCGGAUCGAGCAAUGUGUGGGCACGCUGCGAGUCGGAUACGGGAACUGGCGCAGCCAAGUCUAAGCCACGCAAUCUCAGCUUGGAACUGGACACUGGCACCGGUCGAACACAAAAGGAUCCUGUGCCACCAACGCGACGCAAAGGGAACGUAACCAAGCCGACGCUGCUCGCUCAGGCGCCUGCCAAGAUCUUUCUGGUGUGGCUGGAGAGUUACGAGGACUACCUGAACUUCCCGCUGGAGGAUCUACUCGCCUACACGCGCACUGGCGAGGAGCUGCACUCGCUCCAGCAGCCCCGUGCCGCCGACUGUCAUGUGAUCUUCGUGCACUCGCUUAUGUCGGGACUACUGAGGGUCAAACUGCAGGGCCCACCCGGUCGCAUGAGCUUUGCUACGCCCCUAGUCGAUGGCAUGGUGCUGAGUCGCCGUGUCGUAGGCAAUCUGGUGCGUCAGACGGCCCUAAACAUAUCCCGACGACGGCGACUGGACAACGAUAACUAUCAACCGCCUCAUGUGCGACGGCGCUUGAAGGUGCAGGACAUUGUCCAGAAGUACAAAAUGGAUUUGAGCGAGGCCGAGCUGCUGGCCCAUCUGUUCCAGCGUGCAAUUUAGCCGGCGUUAGCAACACAAGUAUUUACUAAUCUAGGAUUAACACCACCACCAAAAUGGCUUGUCCAUGCCUGUAUUAUCGUGUGCUUAACUAAAAUAUACCCCCUCUAGCCCCACCUACGCGUGGGCAAUCGGUGUGGGUACACACUGCGAGGGUCUGCCUACGACACUGAUCGAUGGACUCUUGCAGUUAUUCUAAUUUGUAUUUAUAUUUUUUUUUACUAAUAAAUCGAAUUAUUGUACUUUUUA